AGCUGAACCUAUCAAGCGAUUAAACCGUGCUAUACAUCAAUUUAAGACAAAUGGUACAUUUGAUUUUCACCUUCGUUCCUAUCAAUGGCGCCAUUUUGUAGACCAAAAGUCCUCCAUGAUACACUUCGAGAACAAUUAGAAUGGCUGGAUAUCAAACUACAACAUCACAUUCGUCUAGACGUUCUCAAGGACUGUCACAAAGAAGGCGAUAUACUCUCUAUAGAAGAACUAAGAGCUAAACAUGACCGUUAUCACCUUGUGCGCUCAUGUCCUCGAAUCAUUCAUCCAGCACAUGCGCUUGUGGUACAACUGCCUCAUCGACCUGGCUUGAUUGAUCAACAGAUUCAAACUCAUUCUACUGAGCACUAUACUGUAUUUGACCAUGAUGCCUCCUUUAUUCAAAGACAACUGGAUGCAUGGUUUCAAACAACGAAGCACAACAAGAAACAGGCUAAACAAGACCUCAAGUUAAUCCAACUUAGCCAGGACAAGUUUCAUGUGGUUCGAAAGAUAAAUGAAGGUGGUAUGGCUCACAUUUAUCUUGUCCAAAACUACUUGUCGACAAUGCUGGUACUCAAGAUACAACAACCUGCUCAUGCUUGGGAAUACUAUAUCCUCUCUCAGCUUAAACAGCGUGCCAUCAAUGGGUUUCAUCUAUUGGGUCUACAUGGCUUUUAUCGGUUCACAGACAGAAGCUUCUUGAUCAUGGACUAUGUGAGACAUGGUACACUGUUGGAUGCACUAAACCUCUAUCGACCUCAACACAACGCUAUGCCUGAAUCUGUUGUACUCUUGUUGACCCUUCAGCUAUUAAAGCAGCUCUAUCUGUUGCAUUGGCAAAUGUCUAUCACGCACAAUGAUCUCAAAUUAGAUAAUGUCAUGGUCUGUUUGUCUGAUCAAGACAUGGUGGGCAUCAUGUUGGUUGACUAUGGUUAUGCUAUUGAUACCAGAAUCAUUGGUGGCCAUCAUACGUUAUGCAAGGCGAAUUGGCCGCCUGCUUGUCCUGCUUCUGACUUUCCUUUGCUAAAUAAGGCAUAUUAUCCUGUACAUGCUGACUAUUGGCAAUUGGCCACGAUGGUGCAUUGGUUAUUGUUUGGUUGUCCUAUGCGUACUCUGACAGAGAAACAUUCAUAUCGCAUCCAACAGAAAAUCAAGCGAUAUUGGCAUCGACAGUUAUGGAAUCGAUUCUUUCAGUUCAUGUUGAAUCCACCUGUGCCUAAACAAGAUGCGAUACGGUCUUUGUUAUCCCAGUUUGAAAUGAUUGUGUAUCAAGAUGUGUUUGAGAACAAUAAGAGUGAUCUGAAAGCCUUUGUUGCUUUACUUCUUGAUAAACAUAGAGUUGAUGAAAGGUAGUGAAAUAAACUUUUUUUUUUUUGCAUAAUAGCUUGUUUUUCAUUUUUUCAUUAUUUUUUCAUUUUUUUCAUAUACGAUGAGAAAUGCUAUUAAAACAGUGAUCAGUAACGCAACCAAGUCAUAUAUUGAUAUUGCAACAACAG